CUACCCAUUGUCGUUAGCCGCCCCCUCCAUAUCCGCGUCCUCGUCGGCCGCGGCGGGCGCCGGCGCUGCCGCCGGGGCAGGGUUCGCGGCCGCGUGCGCGUCGGCGCGGUCCGCGCUGUUGCUCUCGAACUCCCAGUCCCGCCGGCAGAUGCAGCACGUGUUUUUGGUUUGGAGCCACUGCGAGAUGCACUGCAAGUGGAACGCGUGGCCACACACGCCCCAGACCACCGGCGCGCCAUCCCCCGGAUACAUGACGCCCGGCGGGCAGCCCUCGAAGGGGAACUGGCAGAUGCCGCACACGUCGCCGUCCACGUCGUCGCCCCAGGUCCAGCGCGCGACGGCGUGCCAGUGGAGGAUGUUCACCUUGAGGGGCAUGGUUCUCUCUUGUCCCGACGGCGCGUUUACGGCGCGUUUACGGCGCGCGUUUAUAUGCGGUUAUUCAGUAUUGAGCUCUUGUUGCGCAGCAACGCUGUAAGAGCUUUCGCAGCUGUUCCGGGCGAGCUGUGGGCACACGAAUAUGCACGAACGGAUCUCUAAUCACCCGCAGCGAUGCUGGGCUCGCGUCGCGGCGGCGGGCUCGAGCUGCU